AUGGAUCCCAUCGGUGCCAGGCGCCGCCGCCUGAGCUAUACAGGAAACUGGGCCAAUCCGAUGUCAUUGUUCCCAAGGAGCAACACCACGGGUGUCACCGCCGAUAGUUCUUCCGAUCAUAUGCCGUCCCGACGGGCCGCUUUGACCAGCAUCUUCUCCCCCAGCAGGUUUGGAUUCGGCAGUGGGAGCAGUCUGAUGAAGUCCGGCGAACAUUCUGAUCUUAGCACUGGAUAUAAUCAAUUUAGUCCUAGACAUGAUCCGAUCGACCCCUCGUCAAUUCUCGGUACUGUGCGACGGGGCUCGUUGUCGCCAAGGCCAUCGUCCACGUUUUCCUUUGAGAAUCAACUUCCCCAUCCAUCCACAGACAAUCAACAUUUCGGCUGGCCGUCGGCAGAGAAACCGGGCCAUAGAAGCCCUCUAGGAUUCAGUUGGGCUUCGCCAUCGACUUGGUCAAGAGCCCAAUCACGCCGGCAGUCUACUUCGUAUGGCUCCUCCGGCCACUUGCCUCUGGGACUCACAGGGGAACCUGAUUUCCUUGAAGACUCUUCUUUUGAAAGACUUGGACGACCAUUACAGGCGCCCAUUGGUACGAGACCAUCAUCUUCGCAUCGGCCCAUAACUCCGAAACUGAACCCCACUGCGCCCACCUUCAAGACCGUUUUUACCAAGGGUUCGGAGAAGGGUAAGGAUAAGGAUGGGGAAAUGGAGAUAGACAAUGGGGCAGAUACCUCAUUUGAGUUUCUUAUGGACGAUGGAUCACCGUCUGAGCCUCGUACCUCUAAGGAAUCUUAUUCCCGCUCUCUGACUGCCUUUACUGGGGAUUCGUAUGAAUCUCUGGAACAGUUUCCUUCCGCGGCUUCUGCGGAUAAUAGUAGCUCGAAAGAGUCAUUCAUCCGGAAAAUCACGCGGAAGGGCAGCUCGGGCAAGUUCAGCUCGUGGAAAGACCGCUCAGGCCUGUUCUCGAAGAAGGGGGAUAGCAGCCAGGGUGAUAUCGAAGAAGACGGCAAUGGCGAAUCACUGCUCGCAAAGAGCGUGGACAGCACUGUCUCCAGCGCUCCAUCCGCGGACAGGUCGACCAGGAGCAGCCUUGGAUUCUUCAGUCGCAAAUCUAAGAAGGCGGAUAAAGCGGCCAGUGAAACAAGUGAACGGCCUAGUGAACAAGCCAGCGAAACAGGCGGCGAGGAACAUUCAGAGGAUAUUCAUACAUGA